AUGGCAAAGCUGGGAAAAUAUCGACCGGGUGGCACAAUUGUUAGCAGCCUGCUGAACCGACUGGAGCAGCACGCGGAAAAUCUAGAGAACAUCGUGGCCGUGCGAACCCAGGAGCUGCUCAGCGAACGGGCCAAGGUCGACGCACUCCUCGGCGAAGUUAUUCCACCGUCCCUGGUUCCGAGUUUGCGAAACAAGGUCCUUGUUCCACCGGAGACGUACGACUCAGUGACCAUCAUGUUCAGUAGUAUGGUGGGAUUCGAUGUGUUCUGCAGUUCAUCGGCACCGAUCGAUGCCCAGAAUUUUCUCAACGAUCUGUACACGUUUAUGGACAGUCAGCUGCUGACGUUCGACGUGUAUAAAGUAGAGACGAUUAAGGAUGGGGAAAAGGGCAAGUGGAAACAUUUUGGCUUGUACAAGAAUCGUAACUAG